UGAUUGUCAUCGGUGGUUAGGGGAAAGGGGCGAAAUUCGAGGGAGGGGAAGGGGAUUUUUGGGGUGGGGGAAGGGAAGGGGUGGGUUUCGAGGGAGGGGGAAGACUAGGCGCCGUUUUCUGGCAACGGGGGAGGGGUUUUCGGGGAUGAGGCCGAUUAUCCGCCUGGGUGGGGGUGGGGGUGUGGUGUUUCCGAGAUAGGGGUGGGGGCUGGGUGUGGUGGCAGCUGCUGGGCAUGGGUGGUUUUUGGGGUUUUUUUUUUUAUUAUUUUAAAUUUUAAGCCAAUAAUAGGCUAACACGUGUAUUGCAACCUGUAAUAUUAGGUUGGAUGACCGGCUGGGUGUAAUAGAAAUUAAUAGGGUAUAAAGUUGGGAGUGAUGGUAAAUAAUUGAAAGUAGGGAUUAUUAUUGGCGGACGAGGCAAAAUUGGGAUUAAUGGUGACAAUUUUUCCUAUGAUCAAACUUAUCUUGACAUAACUAAGUGUUACCUACGUUUUUUUUUAACCGAACAAAGAUGCUAAUUAAAAAACAGUAAAAAUCAAAUCUAGUGUGUUUGCAAUUCCCACUUUAAAUUGGCUUAACUUACCCCGAGUUAAAUAAGAGUUACCUUUGAUUAUUUCCCUUGUUUUUUUUUUUGGUUCAUUUCAAUUACACCUAAUUGCCCUAAGGAAGGAACCCUCUCCGGCACUUGGACAGUUUGAGCACCAUCGAAUAACUUCACCAUCUUGUCGCACACACACUGACAGGAGUAACGUCAUCUUCCAAGAUACUCUCUUUUGCUUUCAUCAAUUUUUUUUUUUGUGCCAAUCUUUUACAAAUCAUGUGUUUAUACUUAUAUAUGAAUUCCUAUUUUCCGACAUAUGCCUUUUGUUAUUUGAUCAUGAAUUCAUUAGAUUUUUGUUCGGAAUUCGUAAUAUUUUCGACCUUUUUAAUACUCAAGUUAUAAUUUUGUUCAAAAUCCUACUUGGGUUUUCCUUAACAUGUAAUUUGAUUGUCAUAUUUGUAUUUUCUGGGUAUUAUAUAAUGUUUUUGGGUAUUUUGUGGCAUAGUGCUAAUUAUUGCAGAGUGUAGCAAGAAUUACAUACAGAAUUUGGACUUUAUUUUGGGUAUUUGAUUUGAGUUGGUGUUUAUCCUAGUCUUGUCUUCAAUUGAUUAAGCUUUGUGCUCUUGACCGGUAAUCGAAAUCUUAGUAUUUCUUAUAUUUGUAUUUCACUAGUUAAACACUUAAACAGCCUCUUUGCCUUCAAAAUUGGAGGUAAGCUAAAGAAAUAUAGCAAAUUGGGUACUUUAGUACUGUAUGGAUGGUCCAUUUGUGGAUAUAGUAUAUGAUAGUUGAAUGAUCUUUCAAUUCCACGAAGUAUCCUUUCUAUUGAAUUUCAAUUUGAUGGUCAAGCGGAAGCAUUAUGGCAAAUUGGUGUUAGAGAUAUCGGAAAAUAUAUGUAUGAUAUAUUUUCCGAUAUCUCUAACAAUUGGGGACCUAAUUACUUAUGGUCAAGCCGAAGUAGGCUUUCUAUUGAAUUUUUGUUUAAAUGUCAAGCUGAAACAUUAAGGGAAUUGGGGACCUGAGUGCUGCUGCCCAUGUGGAGAGAGUAUAUGAUAGCGCCUUGUCAAACUGAUAUGUUCCUUUGAAUACUACGGAGUAGAAUUUUGGGGAGAUAUUAAUCAGCGGAGUUCUAAGUCUGCCCAAAUUUUCUUACCUUCCGUGGUGACUCAUAAGAAUCAACUUGUUUGUGUACGACUAGAUUAUUCUUUUUCACUUUUCUAUGUGAGGGUAUUUUAGGAGCAUAAGUACUUUGUUGAUUUUGUAUUAUUCUUCAUUUCUACUGUGAGGAUUGAUGAUUACACUAAAUAAUCAAAUUUGGUUCAUGUAGCCGACCCCACUUAUGGGAUUAAGGUUUGGAUUGAUUGAUUGAUUGAUACUGUGAGGAUUGUUUUUUCUGUAUUCAAUAAUAUGGAGUAUAUCCUCUUUUCACUUUCUCUUGCAACGGGUCAGCAAGGGAAGGUGUGACCGAUAUGAGAAGAUUUACACAUCAUAUUCUUGAGGCCCUUCCCUACGAAUAUCUUCAGGAACAAAGUAAACCCAUGUGUUGGACCUUGGUGGUUUUGUAAUUGAUUGCUUUUCUGCUAGAUGCCAAUAUGCCAUAGUACUGUAUUCCUUAUCUCUUCCAUUCACUCUUUCUUUCCUUUUAUAGAGAUUCUGGUGGUUGGUGUUUUACUGUUUUUGUUCCAGUAUGGUGACAAAGAUCAGUAAGUUUCAGUGGAAUAUUGUGGUCAAUUAUAAAGAAUAUUAAGAGUGUAAGCUUGUCUCUUAGUGUUUGUGACGUACUUCGUUUGAUAUCCUUAUUUUCUAGUCAAAGAACGGCAUAAUAGAGAUAUAGAAUCACUGUUUUAAGAUGGAUGAAUUGAGCAUUGAGUACAAGCUACAAAUGGAGAAAAAGCUUGUGCUUGAAUGAGAUCAGUGUUAUUGCUCUGAAACUAAUUUGGACAUACUAAUACAUAUUAAUAUGUUUUAAUAUGUGUAAAAUGAGAGUUUGUUGCAGAAGCUUUGCUUGGCUGGAAUGAGAUCAGUGUUGUUGCUCUGAAACUAAUUCAGAGGCAGUAUUAAGCAUAUUUUUCCAUUUGAUAUGGUUUUAAUAUUUUGGGGGAAAUAAUCUUGGAAGGAUUUUAACUAUAGCAUCUUCAUAUCUGAAAUUUAUUGUGUCAAAAAAAAAAAAAAAAAGAUUCUGAAAUUUACAUUAGGCCAAAUAAUAUAUUUCCCUCAGUAUAUAGUAUAUACUACGUAUUAAGCUUUUGGAUUUAUCUUGUAUCGUUCUUAGUAUUUGAUUGUAUAUAAUGGAUAUUGUUGAAGAGAUCAAAAUGGCCUAUUGACUAAGAAGAUUCUGCAGUCUUUAGUUUGCAUAUUAUGUUUCAGAACUUUGCGUGAGAACUUUUUUAGUCUUUGUGCUUUUCUAGAUUUCUUACCCCUGAUAAUUAUCUUCUGCAUAUAUUUUGAUUGAUUGCAAUAUUCCUUGCUACUUCCUUCCUACCCCUCUUCCCAUCUGUAUAAUUCAGUUCUCUCUUUGGGACUAAUCAUCUUUAAGACCACUAAAGCAAGAUGAUAUGAAUGCUAUGACGAGAAACAAGUGAAGCUGCUGAAAAUUUUCUUACUUAUCUUAAACACUAUUUAAGCGAAUAACAGAUGCACAUAUUCCUGUAUUGAUUGAGUGUUUAUUGCUUGUUAGCUGAUGGUGCAUCUUACAUGUUCCUGAAAAUGGCUUGAAUUUUGCUAAUGUUGGGGAACAGCUGUUGUUUUGACUUCGUAUAUCUUUCUCAAUAUAUCUGUCUUCUUUCCUAACUUAUUAGGUUGUUAAAAAGCAUCACCUGCUUUCAUAUAAUGACAGAAGCCCUUAGCUCUGACAUUAGCUCUGAAGUACAUCCUGUUGAGGAAACUAAGCUGAUUUAUCGCUGUAAGAAAUGCCGUCAAAUUGUUGCUUCACAAGAGAGUAUAAAUUCACAUGAGCAAGGUAAAGGAGAGGAAAUCUUUGGAUGGAGAAAGAAGAAGAGUGAGUCCAAUUCGUUGCCUGAAUGUUCUGCCAUAUUUGUCGAGCCUUUGAAGUGGAUGCAACCAGUUCAAGAAGGAUAUGUUUGGGAGAAGCUCUAUUGCAUGGGCUGCAAGUCUCGACUAGGUUCUUUCAACUGGGCUGGCAUGCAAUGUAGCUGUGGUGCUUGGGUUAAUCCUGCUUUUCAGAUUCUGAAAAGUCGAAUCGAUGAAUGCCAAAUAUGAGUUGUGUUCAUAACUACAUAGUUGAUACUUUGAUUUAGUUGAACAUAAUUGCUUUGAAGCAUGUUUGAUGUGCCUAUUGGAUAUGCUUCGUAUAUAAGUGCAAGGCUUUCAGUGAUGCGCUCUGGUGAUAUGAUGUUAAUGCUA